CGUAAUCAUAGAAUUGCGCUACAAAUUUUCAGGUAAAAGCACAACACUCACACCUCUCCUGUGCGUUUCCACUGUUGUCAUCAUCACACACUGCUCACAACAAUCACAGUUACUUGGAAUCUUUCUUCUCAAGCCUGAGCCAGAUUCGUUGCUUCCACCAUGGAGGAACAAAUCCCAUUUAAGAAUCUCCAUAGCCGAGAGUAUUCCGGUCACAAGAAGAAGGUGCACUCUGUGGCUUGGAAUUGCACUGGUACAAAACUUGCUUCUGGCUCUGUGGACCAAACUGCGCGAAUAUGGCACAUUGAGCCACAUGGGCAUGGCAAGGUCAAGGAUAUUGAAUUGAAAGGUCACACUGAUAGUGUGGAUCAACUAUGCUGGGACCCCAAACAUGCUGACCUGAUUGCAACUGCUUCUGGUGACAAGACUGUUCGUUUGUGGGAUGCUCGUAGUGGAAAAUGCUCACAACAGGCAGAACUUAGUGGGGAGAAUAUAAACAUCACUUACAAACCUGAUGGGACUCAUGUAGCUGUAGGUAACAGGGAUGAUGAAUUAACAAUACUGGAUGUCCGGAAGUUCAAACCAAUUCAUAGGCGCAAGUUCAAUUAUGAGGUAAAUGAGAUUGCUUGGAACAUGACGGGUGAGAUGUUCUUUCUAACGACAGGAAAUGGGACCGUGGAAGUACUGUCUUACCCAUCUCUUCGACCUCUUGAUACUCUCAUGGCUCAUACUGCCGGUUGUUAUUGCAUUGCAAUUGAUCCAAUGGGAAGAUAUUUUGCUGUUGGAAGUGCCGAUUCCCUUGUCAGCCUGUGGGAUAUCUCAGAGAUGCUCUGCGUGCGUACCUUCACAAAGCUGGAAUGGCCUGUCCGGACAAUUGGCUUCAAUUAUACUGGGGAUUUUAUUGCUUCUGCAAGUGAAGACUUGUUCAUUGAUAUUUCAAAUGUUCAAGCUGGAAGAACAGUGCAUCAAAUUCCUUGCAGGGCUGCAAUGAACAGUGUUGAGUGGAAUCCCAAAUACAAUUUACUUGCAUAUGCUGGUGAUGACAAAAACAAGUAUCAGGCUGAUGAAGGUGUUUUUCGCAUUUUUGGUUUUGAAAAUGCUUAGUAUUUGAGAAUGCAACCAAAGAGGGAAAGGAAGACUUGUAUGCAAACAAAUGGGCUCCGGUUGUAUGCAGGACUGAGCCUAAAGGAUCUGAAUUAGAUUAUUUUGUAUUAAUUUUGUUGCUUCUCAUUUACAUUCAUGGAUACGAAUAGUAAAAUGAUUUUUUUUCUUCAUAUCCUUAGUAAAAUCAUUAUGGGAAAA